UCUCCCCACAGGAAUAAUGGCAAACAUGAAGCCAGUCACUUAACAGCAAGCUUCCAGGGGGUUUUCAGGUUACCGCAGCUGCUGAAAAGGCUUAGUAGGGCGACGUUGCCCCCGUCACCUGAGGCACAAAGGAGGCAGACACACCGGACAGGAUGAGCGAGGGUCCGAAGAAGCGGAGAGGCAGCAGCAGCAGCAGGGGAGAUCAGCCGGAGUCGCCAGCCUCUCAGUCGGGUGUGGGGAAAGAUGCAGGAGGAAGCUCCGGGGUAGCUCUGAAAAAACAAAUCGGCCUAGUCAGCGCCUGUGGCAUCAUAGUGGGCAACAUCAUUGGAUCGGGGAUUUUUGUGAGUCCUAAGGGGGUCCUGGAGAAUGCCAGCUCAGUGGGCGUGGCCAUCAUUGUGUGGGUUGCCACUGGAGUUAUCACAGCUAUUGGGGCUCUCUGCUAUGCAGAAUUAGGCGUGACCAUCCCCAAGUCAGGGGGAGACUACUCCUAUGUCAAAGACAUCUUUGGAGGACUGGCUGGGUUUCUGCGUCUGUGGAUUGCAGUGUUGGUCAUCUACCCCACUAACCAGGCUGUGAUUGCUCUCACCUUCUCUAACUACGUCCUGCAGCCUCUCUUCCCCUCCUGCCUCCCCCCGGAGACCGGGCUUCGCCUGCUGGCUGCCGUCUGUCUUUUGUUGUUGACAUGGGUGAACUGCUACAGUGUGCGCUGGGCCACGUGUGUCCAAGAUGUCUUCACCACUGGAAAGCUUUUGGCCCUGGGCCUAAUCAUAAUCAUGGGUGUCGUCCAAAUUUGCAAAGGUCACUAUUACUGGUUGGAGCCAGUACAUGCCUUUGAGACCUUCCGUGACUAUGAUGUUGGUCUUAUAGCUCUGUCCUUUCUGCAAGGCUCUUUUGCAUAUGGAGGCUGGAACUUCCUCAACUACGUCACAGAGGAGUUAGUAGACCCAUACAGGAAUCUACCCCUUGCAAUCUUCAUCUCCAUCCCUGUGGUCACCUUUGUUUACGUGUUUGCCAACGUGGCCUACGUCACAGCCAUGAGCCCCCAGGAACUGCUGGCGUCUAAUGCUGUAGCAGUGACAUUUGGAGAGAAAUUGCUAGGAGUAAUGUCAUGGAUCAUGCCCAUAUCUGUGGCGCUCUCCACCUUCGGGGGAGUCAAUGGCUCCCUCUUCACGUCGUCGCGACUGUUUUUUGCCGGAGCAAGGGAAGGCCACCUCCCACGUCUGCUGGCCAUGAUUCAUGUCACGCGCUGCACUCCUAUUCCAGCCUUACUGUUCACUUUGAUCUCCACUCUGCUGAUGUUGUGCACCAGUGACAUUUACACCCUCAUAAACUAUGUGGGUUUCAUCAACUACCUCUUCUAUGGCGUCACUGUCGCUGGGCAGAUUGUACUGCGCAUCAAACAGCCUGACAUGUAUCGACCUAUCAAGGUGAGCCUCAUAUGGCCAGUGAUCUACCUGCUCUUCUGGGCCUUCCUGCUGGUCUUCUCUCUCUACUCUGAGCCUUUGGUUUGUGGUAUUGGACUGGCCAUCAUGAUGACCGGUGUCCCUGCAUACUUCCUGGGAGUCUACUGGGAAAACAAGCCACCGUGUUUUGAUAUCGCUAUUGGUAAAAUGACUCAUCUGUGCCAAAAGCUCUGUUCAGUGGUCUACCCAGACAUUACAGAGAACCCAGAGGCCAACAGUCCGCAAAAGAAAGACGAGGGAGGCGGGGAAAAUUGAUAAAGCCCUCAAAUGGCUGCUGAACAUGUGCACCGACGAUUCCAUGGAUGUGGAUCAAGGAUAAAAAAAAGAAGCAUGGGGAAGAGUCCCAGAAAGAUGAGCAUACUUAUUCACUUCAUGAAAAUCUUAAUACUCUAAAAUGGUCUACAGUACUGGACUGCGUUGCUCUGUUUUUCACUGGCCUUAAUUCUGGACACACUUGUUUCAGCGUAUGAGUGUUUGAGAUGAAAUAUCACUUGCACUCAACAGAAGUGAUGAAUCACUGCCAUUUUUUUGUUUUCACCUCAGUCUUUAAACCAUCUCCCUUUUUUUGUCUUUGACUGUGUAUUGUGGAUUUUGUGGAAAAAUAUUUUUAUGUGCAAGCCCAUCAUAAUCAACGUUGUCUUUAUACUGCAAACUCUAUGUAUUGUUUAUGCUCAGCUCAUUACAGCAACACUAAACUUCAAUUUUCCAGAUGCUUUAAUGGCUUUUAUUCUCAUUGGACUCAUAACAUCUGGACUCACAACAUUCAAAAUGUUCCCUUUAAAAUACAGCCUUGCAUUUAAAUCUCUGCUUCUGAUCAUCCCCAUGGGAAGUUGUUUACCUGGGGAUUAUUGUACAUUCAGUCUUGUGAAACAGGUUUUCCUUGAAAAUAAGCUCUUGGCACCAAAGCACUGCAGCUCUUCUUAAAUAUAAAAAACAAUCCACAUGCAUGAAGAGAAGUCACACUGAAAAAACUGCCAUGUUUUCAUUUUCCUCCACUUUCUGUCAUUGCAAUUCCUUGACAUGAACACAAAGCUCGUGAUAGAAAUAAAUAAAUAUCCCUGGAAAGUCUCCACAAUAGAUCAGCAAUACAUAUUUAUCAUGUGACUUUCUCUGGUAUUUUUAUCACCUGGAUUUUGUCUUGGACACGUUUGAAACCUCUCAGAUAAUGGGGUGCAUAGUUGUCUUCAUAAAGUCUCAAAUUUUGUUGGAUUGUACUGCUGUGGCAUUGGUAUUGUGCUGCCUUCCUCACCUCAUCAAUGUUUCAUCCACCUGCUGGAAUACCUGACAUAGAAGGGGUGGAGCCCACGCACAAUGAGUGAUCAAAUUGCGGAAGUAAAGGGAAGGAAUGACAAGUCUAGGUGGGUCAAGGUGUCACACCACCAAGAAUAAGACUGGAAACAAAAUGAAAUUUUUCUUCAAAAUAAAGGUCAGUGACGCUGUAAUCCAUUUAAAUGUGGUAAUUAAUGCAGUUUAGGUCAUAUUUAAUUGUAUAUAUUUAUAUACAUAUAAACCUCCAUCAAGUACAGUCUACAUAGAAGCCUAUGCGUGAGAGAUUAUUUUCAUCUUGGCUAGAAGUCCUGCAAACAAUCAGUAAUGCAUAUUCCCCAAAAAUUUCAAAGCAAUUAAUUCUAUUACUGCAAAUCAAUGCCACACAGUAAACCCUGGGGCCUGGACCCUCGAGGGUCUGGGGCAGUGGUAUACUUUGAAAACUUAAUUCUUUUGACUAUCUGGUGUUUUGGGGUCUUGUCUGAUCUUCUAAUUUACUGGAGUAAUAGGUCCU